AUGGAUUUAUCUCAGUCCCUACGAGAUGCUUGUGCUGCCCCAGAUUCUCUCUUCGCCCUUUCGGACGAGGAAUUGAUUCACCUUGUGUACAAGGAGUUUCCGGAGGAAAUUGACCGUCUGCGGCGGGCAUACUCCAUCCGAGAUGGUCCCUGGACCCCUCCUAGCACUCCAUCCCCAUCAUACAUUUUAUACAACGAAGACUACGAUGAAGUAAAUCGCACACUUGUGGGGCUUCUAUCACUUCGCUGGCUUCAUACGGGUCAAUACGAGACCUUCAUCGGCUCACAGACAUCCUCAUGUCAACUAACGAGGGCCUCAUUCAAUUGGAUCCAUGAAUUCUACACGCAGCUCAUCACAGAUGCAAAUGCACUAUUUACCUUAAUCACCUCGAUAAUUAUCAAUGACCUAGGCAAAGACCCGCAGCUGGCAUCCGACUGCUGCGCAAAGACUGGUGUGGAUAUCUCAAUCCUCAACCACGACGCCAUUCUCCUCGCGGCCUGUAAGGCCGGCCUAGUCCCAUCACUGGACAAGCUUCCAGACCAAGAUAGAGACGAUGUGUUUCAGGCGAUUGAGGUCGGUGCGACCUUUAACUUUGGUCAACUGGCACAGGCAGAAAACGCCCCAGCCUGCCUGUCUGGUCUACCCCGCAUGAAGGGCCACAAUCGCAGUUUCCGAGUCCGCUUCAUGGAGCAAUUGCUUGAUAUCGCCGGUGCAGCAGGGCACAUGGACUGGACGUGUGCGAAGAAACUCAUACAGCCUAUCUUUGAGUCCUAUCGCAAUGUCUAUGAUGUAUGCGAGGGUGUCAUUGCGGGCACUCUGACCGUCCGCAGUGGGUAUGACUUGAUAUUGAUUCGACGUGCGUCUUUCCUCCGCAACAAGGAAGUGCGAUUGUUCAAAGUGGAGGAGAAUCCAGAGGACCGGGCAUUGAUGCGAUUGUUUUGUAUGGGGAAUGUUACUACGCAGGAAAAGGCGCUUUUGUAUGAGGAUGCGUGGCGUGCGUUGGAGGACCCGGUCAGGGAAACUCUGGCCAAUGCUCUCAAUUUAGAUGGUAGGAGGAGUGAGCCUGCUGUUCAGCCGACGUAUAUACCUGCUUUACUUGGUCGUAUACAGGAUGUGAAUGCGUUGGUGUGUACCCUGUGUUACCUUGCUCGGGUUAUGAGUGCGACGGACGUUGAAGACCCUUCAGCGGUGGUUAUCGAGCGGAGUGUGUAUUCGGUUUUGAAGCAGUUUGUUGAGAGUGAGGAGUUUCAGGAAGAUCCAACUAUUUUGGAGAGGGUUGACGUGCCUGAUGGUGUGGUUGCUUUGACCACAGCCUCGGUUUGA